AUUUUUGCAUUUCCAUGGCAUAUAUUUUCGAGAUUUUUUAUUGAUCAUAUCGACACCCAAUAUCGAAUCACAAAUACUUAAAAUUUCCAAAUAUAUACGUAUUUAGCAAAGUUGUUUCGCAGUUCACAUUCUCAAAAUGAACCCGCUGCCGGAGAAUGGCCUACAGGCUCUCAAUGCGUACCGAUCCCAAGUAUCGCUUGCGCCAAUCCUGUCGGAGUCCCAGACAAGACUCCACGAAUGGCUCACGUACGAUGAAAUCGAAGAGCUUCGACUUAUCUUCAAGAAUGCGCCCGAACAGAAAUUCGACUACAACGAAUUCCGUCAGCUACUCUUGAAGUUUAAUAUCUAUUUGAGCAAUGAUGACUAUGAUACGUUGUUUGCAAAAAUCAACACGAACCGUGAUUCGCAUAUUGAUUGGGAUGAAUUCAUAUCACAUUUGAUUCUUGGUUUUCGUGAGGAUGAUCCAUACAACCAGAAGGAGGCUCUGAUCAAUCCAAUUUCACUUACACCGGAAAUCAAGAAGUCGGGACAUCGCCAUCCGAUUGUAAAUAUUAAACGUGUGUCAACCAUGUUGCCGGAUCGAACUGUAAAGAAAGGUACUGGCGGUUAUAUCACAGUCAGCAAGGAGGGAACCGUUAAUUUCUGGUCAGGAGACUUGGAAAUCCAAAGAAGCGGAGUCUCUAAAAACCCAUAUUUCAAGGUGGCACAAACUUGUAUUUUGGCGGUUUCAUCUUUGCCCGACGUACGAAUUGUUUGCACAGCAUCAUCUGAGCGUGAUCUUCGUUUCUACGACACAACCGCUAUCAAUUUCCACCUUCGAAUUAUCAUUAACAGUCUCCCAUGGGCAGUUAAUUGCACGCAUUACCACUUCCAAAAAUCAAUCCAACAAACAUGCAAACUUGUCCUGGGCGAUUUUGGAGGAAACGUUCGCUUGAUAGAGUUCUAUCCGGAGUUGAGAGGACCCUUCCAAAAUAAACCGGGAACGGCGUUGAUUGAAAUGUCGUGGGCAGACUUGUUGAGGGGGCGUCUUCCACAAAUGAGAGUCCGGGAAUAUCUGAAUAUUCAUAUCGACGUUGUGCGUGAAGUGAGAUAUUCAGAAUACCUGAAUAGUAUCUUUUCAGUGGCCGAAGGUCGGUCGAGUGCAAUAUCCUUGUGCCCAGCAAUGGCUUCUAUUGAUUUGGGUGCAAAGAAAUCUAUUUACAAGUUUUACACAGCAAAGGGUAUAACAACAUUCUCCUUGGAUGACGACAAUUUGAUUGUAGCAACUGGCGGUCCUGAAUGCUUGGUUCGCCUUUGGAAUCCAUUGGUUCCACAAAAGCCUAUUGGUAUCCUUUCUGGCCAUCAUGCAGGCAUAGUAUUUGUCUUCCUGCAAAGCGACGAACGGAAAGUUUAUAGCAUUGAUCAUCACAAGGUCAUAAAAGUAUGGGAUGUGAACGAGCAGUCUCUCCUUCAAACCUUCAUUGGAUUGCAACAGCUAAUACCACGUCGAGUACCCUUUGUGUGCUAUUACAACACGGAAAAUCACGAGCUUUUGAUAGGAACACGAAAACUUAUCUCCAUAAAAUGUUGCCCUUUGCUGAGGAUGGAUUCAACCGAUGGCGAAACGCAUGCUGGGCCUGUUUCAGUUGUUCUUUACAAUACUUUGUUUAAAAGUGUCGUAACGUGCGGACUGGAUAGUUUUGUCAUAAUAUGGGAUCCCUGGACUGGAAAACGGUUGACCUUAAUUAAAAAUGCUCACGUGCGGGUUUUGCAUGGGAAGAGUCUACGUGUAGAAAUUACUUCGGCGUGUUUUGACCCAAUGCAACAGCUUCUGCUGACUGGAGCAAGGGAUGGGAGUCUAAAAGUUUGGAACUUCAAUAGUGGGAUUUGCAUGAGAAAUUUAUCCAUAGAGGCCAUGUGUGAGGUGACAACCGUAUUUUGGAUAAGAAACCGAAUACUGGCAAUUGGUUGGAACCGACAUGUAACCGAAUUUGCCGAUAUUGAAGGACAAGAAUAUAGUGACGGAAAAAAUUGGGAAACUUUACAUGAUGAAGAUGUUUUAUGUGCUGCAAUCAGGGAACCAGAGGUCUUAGCCACUGGAAGCUAUUCCGGUUCAGUAAUACUUUGGAAACUGGAAACAGGUCAGCCGUAUCGACAAUAUAAUGUCGCCCAUCCAACACAAUUUAUUAAGAUUGUUUUUGGCAAACAAACAAAACCUCUUCCGAAAAUAGAUGCUAAAAAAGAAGCAGAAAAGUCACGCUAUCCUAAAUUUGAAAAACGUCGAGAAUCGAUUGAGGAUACCCGCCCGUAUACUGGUAGCAGUGCUGGCUUACCAAAGUCCCGUGCAGUGGGUCAAUUUUCAUCAUAUGUUGGUGCUCCUAGGUAUCGUCGAUUAUCUGUAAUACAAAUGCCUAUUCGUUCUGCUAUAAUGCGACCGUUAUCCAUCCAAUCGAUGAUAUUUCUUAAAACAAGACCAGCUUCAAAGGAGCACGGUACUCUCUUAGUAGCCCUUGAAGAUGGCAUAAUACAAGUAUAUUCGCACCAUAAUUUGGGUGGUUUCAUGGAGCAGUUUAGUGCCAUUCACAUGCCAGGCGAUUGUAUCGUAGCGAUGGAAACUGAUGAAAAGAAUAGAUACCUGUUCACUGCGACCGCAUUUGGAUAUAUUAAAACGUGGUUGAUGACAAAUUUCUGCGUUCCUGAAUCGGAACAAGUGCGAAUUUGUAUGCCCAAGCUAAGACUUCGAUUUCCAUUCUUGCUGCGAGACCGGUUUGAUGGUCGGGCUAAGCGUUCAGCUAGGGGUCAAAUAUUCCCGAUGCUUCUGAACAGUUACAAGGCACAUCUGCGUCCAAUAUCUUCGUUACAAUACAUUGAUCGGUCACAUAUCCUCAUAAGUGGAAGCAGUGAUAACACAACACGACUUUGGUCACUGGGAGGACGUUAUUUAGGCACACUCGGGACACCUCUAACGUGGCUGAAGCUAUCGCCUUCAGAACCGGUACUUGAGACAGAUAACUACCGCAUGCCACCGGAUAUUGCUAAAGUGGCGAGCUCAACAACCCUAAAAGUUCUCACUGGCGCCAAACCGGAACGUUUCCUUCGAAUUAAGACUACCCCAAUUAAGGACACAGAAGAGGCGACAAAUAUGGCAACUGAACCUGAAGCCAAAGUGGUCUACGGAAAACCUCUGGCUGAACCCAUCUUGGGAAAACACUUCAAGUUGCCUGUUCGCGGCCGACCACAUUUGAAGCCGACAUUGGACAAAACUCUGCCCUACAUCCCAGUUUAUGCACAUUUGGACAUACACAAGGCGAAACCAAUCGAGCGACCGCCUACACCGGAGGCUCUAAAAAGAACGAGGGAAUUGGAUUUUUAUGAGAACCCUAAAUAAUUUGGGCAUUGGUAUCAGAGUGUUCUAGGAGAGUAAAACUGUUUUUGUUUUUUUUCUCAGUUUUGUCUUGUUAAUGCUGGAAGAACAUGGACUCCAAGAAAAUUUUAUUGAAAACGAAAAUCUAAAGUUGGACCGAGACUUUUCUAAAAAACUAAAAUUCCCGGCAGUGAACAGUAUUUAUUACUUUUUAGAAAUGUAUUUUGUAAGCAUGUAGUGGUGAAGUAAACAUACAUUACGUUAAAACCAUA